ACGAUCUCGACGCGAGCGGUUGUACGUAGCGGAUAAGCGACCUUACGGUGUAUAAGUAACUAGUAAAAAAAAAAAAUAAAAAAUUACAACAAAGUGUAUAUGAAACAUAGUGAGGUAAAGUUAAGAUUUCAGUUACGUGUGAACAGUUAAGCGUAUAAAUACAGUUACGUACUUAUUUACGUAAGCGUACAUACAAACCAGCGAAGUCUGUGUAAGAGAAAUAGAAUUUUUUCGUGUAAAAAAGUGCAAGAGUGCUCUUCUUCUGCCUACUCAAUACCAACAGUGCUACUUAAGCGGGUGUACAAAAUAAAUACAACAAUAAAAAAGCGAAAAAAGUGCAUGAGAAAGUGUAACAGUAAAAGGCAAAAAUAACGCAAAAAUCUCGAGAUCAGCGAAAAACCCGUUAAGCCAUACACGCUCUGCCGCAAAUAAAAGUGUCUCAUAAAGUAAGCAAAAUACAGCGAAAAGGCAGUGAAACUCCACGCUUAAAUACAUACAUAAACUUAGUGAAAUAUAUAGCAACGAGUAUACAGUUAAAGUAAUAAUAAAGCGACUAAACGGCAAAUAAUAAUGUCACCAUUUACAAGCGAUUUGAACGGCAGCAACACUACGAUGAUCUAUCCAGACAGCAUGCCACUGCUGGCACGCGGCAAUGUCAGCGACAAUGCCAACCGCAACAACAACAUUGAUAACGAGAGCAACAAUGCGAGUGUCGACAGCAGCGGAUGUGACAAUAUGUCGUUGCUGAGUCGCUGUCGUCGCAACAUCAGUAUGGGCGCAAGCAAUUUGAUGAGCUAUCAGAAUAUGCUCGUUAUGCUAACGGUAUUGGUUUGCGGCCUUGCCACCGUUAACGGGCUCAAGUGCCACAUGUGCGGCCAGUAUAACGAGGGCGUCGGCUCGAUUACGCCCUGUCUCAACUAUUCGGAUCAAUAUGCACAUCUCUACUUGAAGGAAUGUUCGAAGAAAAGCGAGAAAUACUGUGUGAAAUACGUCAGCGAAUUGUCAACAGUGCGAGAUUGUGCCACUGAGUGCGUUGAGAAGGAAAUCUGGGAGACACAAACCUAUUGCUGCAACACCGACGGCUGCAAUGGGUCCAACAAUUUGCAGUUCUCCAAACCACUGCUACUAUUACCGUUAAUAUAUUGCAUCUAUAAGUCGUUGACAGUCGCCUUCAAUGAGCGGCAUUAAGUUGAGGAGCAUGCCGAGUAAGUGGAGCAAGGAGUUAGGUUCUUAUAAUCACAAAUAUGGAAAUGUAUUAAAAUCGCAAAAUAACGGAGCGAAGUAAAUUAAUAAAAUUAAAUUGUUAACAAUUAUUUUCAUGUUUAAUUAAUGUAUUAAAAUGUUGUAACUUAUACAAAGCUUUUUCUAAAAAAAAAAACUUCUCAUUUCUUUUGAAGCUCAGGCAGUGUAUGAUUUUUGUAGAAGAGCAUCUACUUUCAAUUUUUUAUGUAAAUGUUUCACAAUUGCAAUAAGUGCUGCAUACUUUUGGUGCACGCUAAUUGGAUAUUAAAAACUGUUGAGUAAUUUUCAGAAACACUUUGUUGAAAAACAUUUGAAUACUUUACAUUUUUGCUCUUUCAACAUGGUACUUUUAAGAGUCUUCCCGAUAAACAUUUUUUUGGUAGCAAAAUAUUGAAAAGCGUAACACAAGCUCAGAGCAAAUUGGAAAACUUUAAUAACAACAUACGGAUCGAAUAUAUAGAGACGGGGAAACAAAACAAAAAUUAAGUACAUUAUCUAAAUCCGAUUGUUGAAAAUCUUGCGAUUUAAGUAACCAAGAAGCAUAUUAGAACAAAUUCUAAAUAUAAUAAUGCAAAUAAAAAAAUACAAUACAUAUAUAUACAAACAUAUAUAGUUACAAAAACAAAUAAAAUAUGUAAAACAAAUUUCAGCUCAAAACAACAACAAACAUUUUCGUAAUUGAAAGCAUAAAAAUAUUGAAGUAUAUUAUUAAAUAAGAGCUAAUAACUAAAAAGGAGUAAAGUGGAAAGUGCCGCUAAUAGUUUACAGUUGCUCUUUUUCAAGCAUAACAGUUAAAUUUAGUAAACAUUUUCAUCACAAUUCUUUAAAAAAAUCAUUAAAAUUUGUUUUGCGCCUAAAUGUAGAUCUUGACAUUUUCGAAUACUUGCUAUACCAAUAUAUUUUGCAAUAUUUAUAUAAUAAAGCAUACUUUUAUGCGCUUGUAAUAUUUUUUUGAAAUUAUUUAAACAGCUAUUUAAAUACGGUUAGUUGCAUAUUGCGCAAUCAAUCGCCUCGCCUUGUUAUAUUUUGGGGCUGGCAGGGGCGGUUGCUUCCCGGCAAUAUCAAGUGUAGCAUACAAUUUGCUUAUUUCACUGAAUUAUAUAAUAUUUUGAAUUUUAUUUUUCAUACACAAUUUUUUAGAAUUUACUAACACAUUAAAUCAACACAAAUAUAUAUUCUAAAAUCGCGCAAUUUUUAACAAGCAACACUUUCUUGAAUCAACAUUGAAAAAAUUAAGGUAUUCCAAUAGGGAAAGUAAACUUCGAAAUUACGAAACGCAUUCGGGCAUUUGCAUUAUUGGAUUUUAAGUGAAAUAUUUUAAAAUUUCAUUAGUAAUUUAAAUAUUAUAUAAAUGAAAUUAUAAGCUAUAAAUACAAUAUUGAAAUUAUAAAAAGUAGUUUGUUAGUACCAAAUAUAAAAAACUAGGAGAUGAAGUCAAAACAAUAUAAAUACGCAACGAACUACCACUAAAUCUCUGAGAAAUCAAGCAGUUUCUAGGCUUAAGUGCGCUCGCUGUUGACGGUAUAUAUCUUGAACCGUUGUGUAGAUAUGGGUGGCAGCUGAGAUGAAUAGGAAAUUUAGUAUACUUUUGUGCGCUAAGUUUAACUAUCGCUUUGUUCGGUAUAACACAGUUCUUAAAUGUUUAGAGUGCCAUAAACAAAACUAAUUUUUUUUUUUGAAAUAGUUGAAAUUGACAGACAAGAGAGAAAAUUAAUAUUUUCAAAAGGUUUAUUCUUGUAUUCUAGUGAAGUUUUGUAGGCUCAGAAAAAUAUCUGGUGUUUGAUCCCUAAUUUCAGAUUAUAAAGGAGCAACUUGAAAUUUUUGAGAUUAAUUUACCAAAAUUAGUUAAAAUUUAGUUUGUUAUUUCUCAUGAGAGAAGUAAAUUGUUCUAAAUCUCUAUCUCCAGCUGGAGCUGAAUGCUGGGAGCAAUCGACUCUUUGGAUUCGGUAUAUCUUCUAGAACAAAUGAGAGUAUUUCAAAUACCCUGGUUUCUGAAAAUUGAAUAUCUAUUAUAUCUGUAGUGAAGUUUUUAAGAGAGUGAAGUUGUUUUAUAUUUCAAAAUCUAUUAUAUGUGAAGAUUUUCUUUCUAAACAGCAAUUAUAUUACACUUAAUACUCUCUCAGCUGCCUUUUUAGCCAAGCAGUAUAGCAACAGAGCGAAUUCUCUAAACAAACCCUAUGAAACUGUACAAGAAAUUCUAAAUUAUUGUUUAACUAAAUUAAAACAAAAACAAAAAAUAUAAAAAAUAUAUUGAAAUGUAAUAAGCAAACAAUUAGUGUUAUCACACAUUUCAAUAACAGUUAGCGAAAAUGAAUAAAGGAAAACGGUAAUUUGAGUAAGAAGAAUGAUAAAAAUUCGCUAUUACAAUAUACAUAUGUAGAAGAAAGCGAAAAAGAACGAUUUGCGCGUAGAAAAAAUAAAAAAAUUAACAAAAACAAAACUGCAAAGAAAAAUCUCACAAAAAGUGCAUCAAAACAUUUUAACAUAUUAAAAGUACAUUAGAGAAUACAAAAAAAAAAAAAAACAAAUAAAUAUAUAAAUAAAUAAAUAAAAAGCACACUUCUUUUUUAAUUAGCUAUAAACUUAAGGCUUUCACAAAUUCUUUAUAUAAAAAAAUAAGAGCUAAUUGAAUUGAUAAAAGUAGUAGGAGCAAUAGUAAGAAACAAUAAAUUACAAAAACAAAAAAAAAAAUAUUAAAAUAUACAAACCUACGAACACACAGUUAAUUAGUGGUAUGAGCAUAAGUUAAGCAACACAUCAUUCACAUAAAUCACAAAAAUAAUAAUAAUUAAAACAACAAAGCAAAUUACAGUGGAAAAAGUAAAAAUAAUAAUAAACGUAUUAGUUCCUUAUCAGAAGCAGCUUCAAACAGUUGAGGCGUUAAAGCGAAAUGGAAAAAAUUGCAAUAAGUAUUAUAUAAUUAAAAUUUUAAUAGUCAUAACAAUAAUAACAACAACACGCAGCAAAGCAUACAAUAAGCUACUCCAAUAAAUUGUUUUUUUUUUUAAGUAUGAAUGAGACAAAUGGCAGCCACAAAGAACUUAUAAUAAUGCGGUAAUUAAUAUUUUCUUCGAUAUGCUUUACGAGUUUUUUAUUUAAACUGUAAUUUUUAAUUUCAACUGUAAAUUAAAAGCUUUAAGCUGCUUUUUAUUUGAUUUUAGCGCAGUCAAGUAGCUUUUUGCGUCUCGUAAUUUCAACUAAUUAUUUAAUAAUCCAAAAUAUUGCGCAAUUUCUCAGCAUAUUUGUCAUAUUUAUUUCUUUAUUGCUGCAAUAAGCCUCGAUAAAGACCGCCUGUGAAUGCUUCAGUGCACACUUAGACAUACAUACACACACAGGCAAGCAAACAAGCACCGGCUUAAAAGAGCGUUAUGUAAGUGUGAAUACGCCUGCAUGCUCCUCACAGCGCAACCACUGUUAUAGAAAAAAAUAAAUAUUAAAAAAAUAUAAUUGUUAAAAAAUUAUAUUUCAACAACAACAACAAAAGUAUAUUUGAACUACAACAACAAGCAGACAAAAACCUACAAUUGUGAUGUAAUGACAUUAAAUUAAUUCAAUUCAUUUUAAAUUCCACUAAAACCAUUUUUGUUAACCAAUAAAAUACAAAUAUAAAGCUGAAAUAAGCUGCAGCAAAUGUUUAAAAAAUAAUAAAAACAAAUUAAUAAAAAUAAAUAAAAUAUUUUAUUACUAUACAAUAUAUAACUACAUGCAUACAUGUAUGUAGUUGCGUUUAUAUAUAUUAUAAAAAAUAACUUUCUAUAUAUUAUUAUGUACAAGUAUUAUUAUUGCUAUUUAUUAUAAUUAAUUAUAAUUAACUAUUAUAUUGUUAUACUCUAUUGAUUAAUAAUAUAAUGUAUGUAUGUAUAUGCGCAUUAACAAUACACACACACACACAGCAAUUAUCAGUAACUAUAUACAUAUAUGUAAUUCCGAUAUUCUUAAUACUCAUACCAAUGCAAUUGACACAAAUAUUUAGUAAAAAGGAAAAUAUGCAAAUAAACAAGAGAAAUAUUUAAAAUCGUUUAACAUUUCCUUUUCCGCUGAAUUGCAAAAAACAACGACAUUUUAACAUUCACGCAAAUAAAUGUCUAAAACAGGCGGAGCGCGCAUAAAUUAGUAAAACAACAACUCAAUAAUAGAGUCACACAUACAAACAAACAGCUAUAUUUGCAUAUAAAUAAUUAUUUACCGUUAUAGCGCAAUAGCAGUAGGUGCGAAGAA